AUGGAUGCAUCAUCUCGUACUGUACAAAUCACCGAAGAAGACAGCGAACCCAAAUCGAGAACAUGGUCUCGUCGCCGAAUUGAUAUUCAGAUUGAAACCCAAUUGGAUCGCCGUCGUCGCCUUCGUUGUUCGUCGUCGGCAUCGCCGUGUCCGGUGCUUGUGAAUUUUGACCCACCUGCUGAGACCCAACCAGACUGGAUUGCAGAAGAUGGAGUUGGAUUAGAGAGAGGGAGAGGCGGUGGUGGCGUCCAUGGAUGGUGGAAGUGGCUGGUUGGGGAAGAAGAUACAGAGAGAGAGAGUCGGCGAUUUGGGCCGGAGGAACCAAAUGGAACCUUACCGGUGGGUAAGUUUUGCAAAAGUUUGGAUAGUUCAGGGGUGCUAGUGAAUGGCAUGGUUUGCAAGGACCCCAAGCUUGCACAAGCCACCGAUUUCUUCUUCAGCGGUCUUCACGUGGCCGGCAACACAUCCAACGCAGUUGGCUCAAAAGUGAGUCCAGUAAAUGUAGCUCAAAUACCAGGACUCAACACUCUUGGCAUCUCCAUGGUGCGUAUCGACUAUGCACCAUGGGGCAUCAACCCUCCCCACACCCACCCUCGUGCCACUGAAAUCCUGACCGUCCUUGAAGGCAGCCUCCACGUAGGGUUCGUCACCUCCAACCAGGAAAACAGGCUCAUCGCUAAGGUUCUCAACAAGGGUGACGUGUUCGUGUUCUCGGAAGGACUUGUCCAUUUCCAGCAAAAUGUGGGACAUGGUCAUGCGGUUGCUAUUGCAGCUCUUGGUAGCCAGAAUCCUGGUGUUAUUACCAUUGCCAAUGCUGUGUUCGGAUCGAAGCCGGACAUCUCUGGUGAUGUUCUGACGAAGGCUUUUCAAGUUGACAAGAACAUAAUCCAUCAGUUGCACUCGAAAUUCUAG